CCGCCGCCGCCGCCGGCCCCGCAGCAGCCCCCGCCGCCGGCCCCUCCGGCCCCGCAGCAGCCCCCGCCGCCGGCCCCUCCGGCUCCGGCCCCGCCGCCGUUGUUCCCCGCCUUGUACGCGAAGACCCUGCAGAUCAAGAGGCACGCCAUCACCGACGACUACAAGGUCACCACGCAGGUCCUGGGGCUCGGCAUCAACGGAAAAGUUUUGCAGAUCUUCCACAAGAAGUCGGGGGACAAAUUCGCCCUCAAGAUGCUGCAGGACUGUCACAAGGCCCGCAGGGAGGUCGAGUUGCACUGGCGAGCUUCCCAGUGCUCCCAUAUCGUCAAGAUCGUGGAUGUCUACGAGAACCUCUACUCGUCCAAGAAGUGUCUGCUCAUCGUGAUGGAGUGUUUGGAUGGCGGGGAGCUGUUUAGCCGGAUCCAGGACCGGGGCGACCAGGCCUUCACAGAAAGAGAGGCAUCAGAGAUCAUGAAGAGCAUUGGGGAAGCGAUCCAGUACUUACAUUCAAUCAAUAUUGCACACAGGGAUGUCAAGCCAGAGAACCUCCUCUACACCUCCAAGCGGCCCAAUGCCAUUCUCAAACUCACCGACUUCGGCUUUGCCAAGGAGACCACCACUCACAACUCUUUGACUACCCCUUGCUACACCCCCUACUACGUGGCUCCGGAAGUGCUGGGACCCGAGAAGUACGACAAAUCCUGUGACAUGUGGUCCCUUGGAGUCAUCAUGUACAUCCUGCUGUGUGGGUACCCCCCGUUCUACUCCAACCACGGGCUGGCCAUCUCUCCUGGCAUGAAGUCACGCAUCCGGAUGGGCCAGUAUGAGUUUCCCAACCCGGAGUGGUCGGAGGUGUCCGAAGAAGUGAAAAUGCUGAUCCGGAACUUACUGAAGACGGACCCCACCCAGCGCAUGACCAUCACAGAGUUCAUGAACCACCCUUGGAUCAUGCAAUCCAUGACAGUCCCCCAGACGCCACUGCACACCAGCCGGGUCCUGAAGGAAGAUAAGGAGAGGUGGGAGGAUGUCAAGGAGGAGAUGACUAGUGCCUUGGCCACAAUGCGUGUGGACUACGAACAGAUCAAGAUCAAGAAAAUCGAGGACGCGUCGAACCCCUUGCUUCUGAAGCGGCGGAAGAAAGCCCGGGCCCUGGAGGCAGCUGCCCUCGCCCACUGAGUCGCUCGGCCUGAGUUCCCGGCCGCCACCGCCUCCCGCUCAGCCCACGGGGCUGAGCCCCCGCCUCCGCCCUGGGGAGGAAAAGCAAUAACUCUCAAUAGAAAUCUAUUUUUUGAAAAGCAGAGACACCAAACCGUCCUCUCCGCCUGCACGGAGCCGAGACACCGGGCAAGGAGGCGUCUGUGCCCUUCAGCUGCUGCCCACUUCUGUGGCCCGUCUCUCGGGGAGAGAGCCCCUUCUCCAACCCACCUUCCUUGGCCACCGCUGCCUCUUCUCUCCUCCCUGGUCCAUUUGGCCCUCGUGAAAUCUCUUUUUCUUUUUUCCCUUCCCCUGAUCGCGGCGGGAUCAGAGGGCCAAGAACUGGUUGCAGAUUUUUCGGACCUGCUGUAGGGGUUGUUACCACGUGGUUUCAUCCUCCCCCCUCGCCCUCUCCUCCCCUCCCUCGGGGGCCUUGCUCCAGCCAGCUCCCACCUGCAAACCUGGGGGAGAUUUCUGCCUUUCUUAGGGGGUGGGAGGGGAGGGGUCGCUGCCUGGGAAACUGAGCCACAGGGGCUGGAGCGCUUGAGCUGGCCUCUGUCCCUCUGCCCAAACUCAUCACCUGGAGGUGGACCUCGGUGGGGGGACAGGUGGGACUGAGGCCGGCCAGGGCGAGAGGGUCAUAAGGCUAUUUGACCUCGGAGUGGAGACACUGCUGCCCCAGUGAGGUGGGGCGGGUGCGAGAGGAGUGAGUGAGUGUGUGUACGUAUGUGUGUGUGCAUGUGUGCACGCUUGCGCUCAUGAGAGAGCAGAUCUGGGGCCUGUUGUUUGGACACCGGCCUAGUCUGGGUUGGGUGGGCUUUGUGGUGGGUCCUGCAUAGCUGUUGGUGCAGUGGAAUGAGACCCCUCUGUCCCCCCACCCUCCCAAUCCUGCCCUCCUGGUUGCCAAAUAUCCCAGGGAUUCAAAUCAGUCAGCCAAUCAAUCGAUGGUAUUUAUUGAGGGCUUCCUGGGUGCAGAGCAUUGUUGUAAGCGCUUGGGAAA